AUGGACUGGUCUGACUUCUCUGAAAUGAAACAGAAGAUCAAUGACUUCUGGGAAGUCCUCUUUAAGGAUUAUACAGAACCUUAUAUGUCUAAGUAUCAUAAGCAGAUUUUUAAGCAAAUAAUGAAGAAAGUAUUUGAAGAGAGAUCAGCACAGAUCAAGAAGGCGAAGUUGGAAUGCAACAAUUUUCAGCAUGAUUCUGACAACAACAAUAUGGUUUCCAGCCUUUAUCGAAUUUUGGACGCCUAUAAUUUAGAUAAUAAUGAUCUGGACUAUGUCGCUUAUAAGAAAUAUUUACUCAAAUUAGCAAACCUUGAACAGAAGGUCCGUGUUGAAGAUCUUCAAGAUAGGAAGAAAAUGAAGCGAACCCAUCUAAACAAAAGGUUAUCUAUGGUGUCUCCGAAAUGGUACCAAAGAUUGGCGAGUCCAGAUAAGAAGAAAGCUAAGACUAAAAAUAAGCUCAAAGGCCAAAAGAAGUACAAAAGAAGAAGUGCCUGAAAACAUAAGGGUGAAAAUAAGGUAAUCCAAGUAAGAAGAAAUUGUGAAGAGCUAGAAAAGGACUCUAUGCACGAAGAUAUUAAAGACAGCAGGAAAUGUUGCCUUCUAAACCUGAACCUUAGAGUUACACGGGACCAAUACUUUGACUAUCUCCUCGCAAAUGACCCUACAUUUUGAGGAUUCAAGAAGGUAGAGAAUAAGCUUGGCCAAGUUAUUGAUGAAACAGACAUUGAAGUGUCCCAACACUCUAGCCAGAGCACAUUUAAGAUGAAUGAUUAUAUAAUUCAAACCCAACGGACAGAGAAAGAGCCAGAACUUGGUGCUCCGUUUAUGAUUAACUACGGUAUCAAGGAAAAUAACCUAAGGUUCCAUGAAGAUGCAGAGGGUGGAAUUGAUAAGACUGAGUCUAAUUUUGUCGAAAUAGCCGAAGAAACCCCAAAGAUCUCCUUUGCUGCUGACAAUUCACAAAUCGAUACUGGAGAAAAUAAAGAUGAAAAUUCAUGUAAAGAAAAGGGGCUUAAUCAUCUGAAGAGAAAGUUUAAGAAGAGGAAUGUUAUUAGUGCCCUCACAAGGAAGACAAAUUCAUUUAGCAGGACUAGGCCGUCUACAGCCAGUGUGAAUGCUUCAAGAAGGGCCCAAGAAAUCCCUCCUAGAGGCAAUAAUUUGAGAUCUGUUAGUGUGAUUACAGAAAGAGUUAGGUUGAAAUCAGCCAAGAGGAGACCUAAGACAGGUAAGCAGAGAAGGAGCGUUCCAAUAUUACCAGCCUGGGCAGAUUCAGUAGCUCAAGCAAAGUUGGAUCCUAAUUACAAAGACUUUGAAAUAAUCAACAACUGCAUCAGGAAAUGAGAUCAGAGUCUCAGGGUGACCAGAGGACAAAAGAAGUUGGUCAAAAAGAUCCAUAAGAGACUGAAGUCAGAGCUUACAGAACAUAAGGAAUCAAUUGAGAAGACUAAGAAAGUCCUCACACUUGGCAAGAAAUAUGUAGACUCGUGAGUAAGACAGUUCAGAAGAGACAAAAAGGCCUUUAUUUAUGGAAAAGAUCCCUCAAAAGCACAUUACAUUCAGGAUAGAGGCAAAGGUGUAUUCACCACAAUGGAAAGGAUCUCAAAGCUUAAUCCUAAGUAUAUCGGAAUGAUGAAAGAUAUGAAGAAGAGGAUAGAUGAAAAAGAUCAUAACCUUCUAUUAUUUUAA